AGCCGUGUGUCUAUUGCCGGCUCUUGCUUGCUUGGUCGCGUCGUUUUGUUGAAAGAAAAAGCUUCGUGAUUCUGUCUGUACGGUUACAGCUACAUUUUUGUAGGAACUAGCUAGUGGCGUGGGUAGAAUUUUCCCUGAUUCUUUAAUUCCCGUAAAUUGUAUUAAUACUAAAUAUGCGCAAACGAAAGUCUGUAAAAAAAGACGAUGAUUCCGAGGGAUCGGGUGCUGGUGAGCCAGAAGAAUUCCAAGAUUCAGGAGAAGAUUGGACGCCGGAUGCCGAUUCGAAUGAGCAACCAGCACGUGGUGGUGGACGUAAACGAGCCACAAAAACCUCAUUGAAUAAUUCAAAGAAAAAACGUAAAAACUCAACAUCUGAAGAGAGUGAAGGAGAGGGGGAGGAAGAUGAAGAAGGAGAAGAUGAGGAGGGAGAUCUUGAUGAGGAAGAAGGGUCUGAUGAUGAAAAAAAUGGUUCGGAUGGCAAUAAGUCUGAUUCAAGUCAAUCUAAGGAUGUACCAAAGCAUUUCCAUUCGGGGAAUUUUGUUUUGUUAAAAUCUGAUGUCAAAUGGGAUGGAGACACAGUCGUUUCAAAGUUGGAUGAAUUGAAUUUGUGGAAAAUAGAUGGCAAAGCACUUUUACAAAAAUUCAUUCCAAUGGAAUCCAAUGGAAAGACACUCCAUAAAUGCACUUGUGUGUAUUCUGGAUGGAAUGUUGAUAAUCGUGACAAUUACUAUCCAAUUACUGAAAUAUUGGACAGGAAUCCACGCACAGAUUCGAAAGAAAUUUGUGUAGCUUUAGAUCUAAAUGAUCUUAUCAAAGUAAGAGACAAGUAAAUACAUGGUGUUUACUCGAUGUAAACUAGUUAAGUGGAAGUAAAUUUAUCAAAUAACAGGUUUUCCUUUGGCACUUCAUUCCAAUUUACUUAUGUAACAGUCAUUUUAUAAAAAAUGGGGAAUAAAUGUUCAAUACAGUAA